AUGCCUCAGUUCUCCGACCCUUCCUCGCCAUCGGACAUUGAUUCUCCGAUUCGGCCCAGAAGACCAAGCUUGGACCCUCAGGGUGAAAUCCUGUCCACCCGAGGUCAAUACCUUCCAUCGCUGAUACGACGCCGGUCGUUUUCCACCCAAAAGUCGGACGGGUUCCUCGACACCGAGCGUGACGAGACUGGCUCUUUCCGGGAUAGAUUUGAGCGGCCCGCACUGGCCCGAGCGAAGGAUUUGAUCGGAGAAGGUAAACCAUCUUACAACUGGCAGCAGUACUAUCAUCAUCCAAACGCAUUGAAAGGAUUGCCAACAGCAGUGCGCCAACUUUAUGAGCGGAACAACGACCUCAUCUCGCAAUACGUCUAUAUUGACCGGCUUUUGGACUCGUCACUACCCCAUCGUUUGUUUGUGGACUAUCAGCAUAAUGAAACGGGCACAUUGGGAGCCUCUGUGAAAGGAACAGCUGAGAACACCUACGAGAGAAGCUUUUAUGGUACCACUGAUGGGCCUGCAGACUGUCCGUCACCACGGAAGAUCAAGCGGACACCUCGAAACCUCUAUCGAAUCCCAAGUGAAAGCUCGCUGCUGCUACCCACGACAGAAGAUGAAACGGAAUCCCCCCUGUCCGAGAUUAUGCCGAAGGGUCAUGACUGCGUUGAUAGCGGAGCUCGCAUUGUGACCAUUGCGAUAUAUGUCAAUUUUGUCGCCAAUGUUAUCUUGCUGGCGGCAAAGAUUGCUGCUCUGCUAAUGACAAAUUCUGUUUCAGUUCUGGCCAGUCUAGUGGAUGGGGCUCUGGAUUUCUUGAGCACUACCAUUGUCUGGAUUACUACUGCUCUCAUCAGGAGGCAAGACCGUUACGAGUAUCCUAUCAGCAGACGCCGAUUGGAACCUCUCAGUGUCCUGGUCUUUGCGGUAGUUAUGGUGACGUCCUUCUUUCAAGUGGCCAUCACAUCUAUGGGCCAAUUGGUGUCUUCGGACCACUCCGUCGUGAAUCUUUCCAUGCCUUCCGCAAUAAUUAUGGGGAGCACCGUAAUAGUCAAGCUUAUAUGCUGGCUCUGGUGUCGACUAAUCAACAACUCUAGUGUCCAAGCUUUGGCACAGGAUGCUAUGACGGACGUAGUCUUCAAUUCGUUCAGUAUCGUCUUCCCACUCGUCGGCGGAUUGACGAACACCUGGUUUCUCGAUCCUCUCGGUGGUCUGGUUCUUUCCGUCUAUAUCAUCUGGAACUGGGGUAGGACUGCAAGUGAGCAUAUCCGCCAUCUUACUGGCGCCGCUGCUUCCCCGAUGGACCUAAGCAUUCUCCUAUACAUGACCAUGCGGUUUUCCAAGUCAAUUCUGAAAAUUCAGAAUCUAAGGGCAUACUAUGCCGGGGAUCUGCUCAACGUCGAGGUGGACAUCGUACUAGGUGACAAGACGAGUCUACGGGAUAGCCAUGACCUCGGCGAGAGUCUGCAGUAUAUGCUUGAGAGCGUGCCAACUGUUGAGCGCGCCUUUGUACACAUGGAUUAUGAUCCGUGGAAUAUCCCUAGCCACAUGAAUCAACAAGAGUCCUAG